CAGCCAGGAUACAUUAUCUACUGACUCCGGGAUACAGAUGGUAAUGAGAGUUACAAUAUAAUGUCCCGUGUUAACAUAACGGAUGAUACCUGUAUUUAUUACACAAUUCUGUUGUGUUAAUACCAGUUUAACUACGACGGGUCGCGCGGUUAGUCGAAGCCGCGUCUGGCUGUACCGCUAUCUGGGCAAAUAAAUAAAAGAUGCAGCGGAGAAUGGAUACAUAGCGGGUCCCACAGCCGCAACCGAAGUUCAGUGCGCCCACAGACACCUUCCGCGAUGGUCAACUACAGACGAGUGGUGUGCGAGGUGGCGUUGGUGGCUGUGCUGGUGGCCGUGGUGCGCGCUGCACCUGCGCCCGACUGCGCCACCAAGCACUAUGACCAGCGACAGAAUGGCACAGAGAACUACCGGCUGAACAUCGAUGGCGUGGUGAUUGCAGUGGCUCCGGCCGAGUCCUUGCUAUCCGCUCUCGGGGACAUGGACGACCUCUUAGACUUGGCUAUGGACGAAUACCACAAUGAGUAUAAACCUAAGCCUCCACAGAGCUCGUCAUCAUCGGAGCCUGCCAUCCAAGUGGUGUCCCUACCAGUACCAGAGGAGAAACCUCAGAAAAUUAAGCCUCAGGAGGAAGAAAAGCCCUCAGAAGCUGACAAGCCUCAAGAGGUAAAGCCGGAGGAACCAGUGAAGCCCGCCGAGCCUGUAUCUUCCUUGAGUGAUGUUAGUUUGGACAGCGACUUAAAAAUCCAGAAGAAGGAUGUGUCGCUGAGGAAACAGGAGAAAGCACAAAGACUGAAACAUCGCCUGGCGAGCUUCCUGAUGCCACUUCUCAGAAAAACCCGCCCGCAUUAACUAAAAAUUGUGAUCAAUUAACACGUAAUCAAUAGGUUU